AUGGCUGAGAAAACGGAGGCACCGCUGGUGGCACAGGUGGUGGCGGCAGUGGCAGGGCGGAGUGCGUCGGUGGAGCAACUGGCGGUGGUGGUGGCGACCGAGGAGCGGCGGAGCGACGCUGGUAUGGCGGUGGGCGCGUGGAUGAUGGGCAACGAAGUCCGCGGACCGCGGCUGUGGAAGAUGCUGGUGCUUGAAGCGCUGGAGCGAAUGUCGCAGCUAGCCGCGGCGCUCCUGGCGGCGGUCUCCGGCGUUGUGUGGGGUGCUCUCGGCGCGCCGGCGUUCAAGAUCAAGCUUGCGGUGGCAGGCACAGUGGCGUUGGCCGAGGCGCGCCUCCCGCUUGUCCACAAAGGCCGAACCUCGCUCGCGAUGGAGGCGCUCGAUCUGGUGGUGGUUGACGUCCGCGCGAGCACGUUCUCGCUUGCGGCGCCAACGCUCCCGCGAGCGCACGGACUCGGCUCGGCGACAGUUGUGCGGGUCAUUGAGCGGCCUGCCGCGCCACUCCGGGUUUGGCUGCGGUUCAUGGGUGACUCAAUCCUGGCGCUGACAGGCGUCGGCUGGAUCGCCAACGGCGUGCUCGUCGCGCUCACCCGGCGGACGCUCAUGGAUUUCGCCCUCGGCACCCGGGUCAUCGAUGGCCUCGCCGUCGAUCUCCAGCUCUUUCACCCACGCACACUCUGACUGCU